UUGGUGUCCGUCUGUGGACGCCACUUUGUAACUUAGAUUUAAAAUAUGGGAUUCGUUAAAGUUGUGAAGAACAAACAAUACUUCAAGAGGUACCAAGUAAAAUUCAAGAGGCGUCGUGAAGGGAAAACUGAUUAUUAUGCUCGUAAACGCCUCGUUGUUCAGGACAAGAACAAAUAUAACACACCUAAAUAUCGUCUGAUUGUGCGUCUCUCCAACAAAGAUGUAACAUGCCAGGUGGCCUACUCUCGGAUUGAAGGUGACCAUAUUGUGUGCGCUGCUUAUUCACAUGAGUUGCCACGUUAUGGUGUGAAGGUUGGUCUGACAAAUUAUGCUGCAGCAUAUUCAACUGGUCUGCUAUUAGCACGAAGACUGCUUCAAAGACUUGGACUUGACACCUUAUACACUGGCACAACAGAUGUCACAGGUGAUGAAUACAAUGUUGAACCUGUCGACAAUGGACCAGGAGCAUUUAGAUGUUAUUUGGAUGUAGGCUUAGCACGCACCACUACUGGUGCUCGUGUCUUUGGAGCUAUGAAGGGUGCUGUUGACGGUGGCCUCAAUGUUCCUCAUUCCAUCAAAAGAUUCCCUGGCUAUGAUGCAGAAUCCAAAAAGUUCAAUGCUGAAGUACACAGGGCUCACAUCUUUGGUUUGCAUGUUGCUGAAUACAUGAGAAGUCUUGAACAGGAUGAUGAGGAUUCUUUCAAGAGACAAUUCAGCAAGUACAUAAAACUAGGAGUCACUGCAGAUGCUAUUGAAGCCAUCUACAAGAAAGCCCAUGAAGCCAUCCGUGCGGAUCCAUCCCACAAGAAGAAAGAGUUAAAGAAAGACUCUGUCAAACAGAAGCGCUGGAACAAACGCAAGCUAACAUUGGCCGAGAGGAAAAACAGAAUCAAGCAAAAGAAGGCUUCCUUCAUCAAGAGACUGCAGGCUCAGGCGGAAGCUUAAAUGCUCUAAAUAUAAUUUUUGAAGCAUU